AUGUAUGCACCUUCUGCUGACGAUUCAAUGUACACAGAUUCCUCACCAGCAGAAACGAGCAAUAACGAGUAUGAAAAUGGUCAACAUGGAAUUGGUGCGGAUAUACUUAAUGCUGAUAGUCAGUCACCUAUUAAACGUGAAGAACCUGAAGUUGAUAUAACUGGAGAGGAUCCGUCUGCGACAGAAGACCAGCCAUCACCUUUAAAAUUCGAUGAUCAAUUUGGGGAAGUCGUUGAUGAAGAAAGAGAUAAAAUACAAAGAUUAAAUAUGCGUCAUCCGCAUAAUAAUACAGCAGUUCGAGAUUAUCUGAAUAAAACCGUUGUACCUAGUCUUAUGGCAGGACUAAAAAAAAUUGUUAGAGAAAGAUAUUUAAUUGAUCAUUGCCAACAUGAUCAUACUAAAGACGAGUAUGGUUCAGAAAUGCGGAUAAAGCAUGAAGAUACUGAUGAUUUUGAACGAACGACAACUCGCCAGAAACAACGAAGAGACAGUAAUUCAAGUUUGGAUGUAGGUUCAGAAAUGGAUGUUGAUAUGAUGUUGAAUCCUUAA